CCGCCGAGGCAGUGCGGUGCUGGGAAGGCGGUGGUGUCGGAGCCUCCUAUCGUAUUUAUCUUUUUUCCCCCACCACCACCACCUUCCUCUUGGCUCCAAAAAAAUGACCGUGAAAGCCGCCGAGGCAUCGUCUGGUCCUACUUUGACUUACUCCAAGAUGAGAGGGAUGGUGGCCAUCCUCAUCGCUUUCAUGAAGCAGAGAAGAAUGGGGCUGAACGACUUCAUUCAGAAGAUCGCCACCAACUCCUACGCCUGCAAGCACCCAGAAGUUCAGUCUAUCUUGAAAAUCUCCCAGCCCCAAGAGCCUGAACUUAUGAAUGCUAAUCCUUCUCCCCCGCCCAGUCCUUCCCAGCAGAUCAAUCUUGGUCCAUCAUCCAACCCACACGCCAAACCAUCAGACUUUCAUUUCUUAAAAGUGAUUGGAAAAGGCAGCUUUGGGAAGGUUCUCCUCGCACGGCAUAAGGCAGAAGAGCAGUUCUAUGCAGUUAAAGUCCUGCAGAAGAAAGCAAUCCUGAAGAAGAAGGAGGAGAAGCACAUCAUGUCAGAGCGCAACGUCCUGCUGAAAAAUGUGAAACACCCCUUCCUGGUCGGGCUUCACUUCUCCUUCCAAACUGCAGACAAAUUGUAUUUUGUCCUAGACUACAUCAAUGGUGGAGAGUUGUUCUACCAUCUCCAGAGGGAGCGUUGCUUCCUGGAGCCCAGAGCCCGGUUUUACGCUGCUGAAAUCGCCAGUGCCCUGGGCUACCUGCACUCCCUCAACAUCGUGUAUCGUGACUUGAAGCCAGAGAAUAUCCUGCUCGACUCCCAGGGGCACAUUGUCUUGACCGACUUUGGACUCUGCAAAGAAAACAUUGAGCACAACGGCACGACCUCCACCUUCUGCGGGACACCAGAGUAUCUCGCUCCUGAAGUUCUUCAUAAGCAGCCCUAUGACCGGACUGUGGACUGGUGGUGCCUUGGAGCAGUCCUGUAUGAGAUGCUUUAUGGCCUGCCGCCCUUCUACAGCAGGAACACGGCGGAAAUGUACGACAACAUCUUGAACAAACCUCUGCAGCUGAAGCCAAAUAUCACCAACUCGGCUAGACAUCUCCUGGAAGGCCUCCUGCAGAAGGACAGGACAAAGAGGCUUGGUGCCAAGGAGGACUUUAUGGAGAUUAAGAAUCACAUCUUCUUCUCCCCAAUUAACUGGGAUGAUCUCAUUAAUAAGAAGAUUACACCUCCUUUUAACCCAAAUGUGAGCGGCCCCAGUGACCUGAGGCACUUUGAUCCCGAGUUUACAGACGAGCCAGUCCCCAACUCCAUCGGCCAGUCCCCAGACAGCAUCCUCAUCACCGCCAGCGUCAAAGAAGCCGCUGAGGCUUUUUUGGGCUUCUCCUACGCCCCACCCGUGGACUCUUUCCUGUGAACGUUUGUCCGUCUUAUCUCCUUUUUUUUUUUUUUUUAAAUAAUAAUAACUAUUAUUUUUAUUUUCGUUGGGCCUUCUGGUGGAACCGCCAGUCGACCAGUCACCUUGAAAAGAGAAUUUUGCACAUUUCCACCGUGGUGGCAGCUUUGCAGCCUUAAUUUCAACGACACUGUUUGCUGGAAGCUUUUUUUUUUUUUUUUUCCUCCUGGUUUUGAAGAGCACAUCACUCUCUAAAAUGAGCUUUACAAAAAAAAAGCUUUUCGUUUCCAUUCGUUCUUCCCCCCCCCAAAGUGGUGCUGUCUCCUUGGGAAAGAAAAACAAGAGGGACUGCUGCCAUGGGCUGCUCCGGUGGAUCGUAGGAGUAAGAACAAGCCGUUUGGGAAAUCGUGCUCCUUGAAAAGCCUUGCCUGAAGAUCUAGAAGAACGUGAUGAGGAUUUUCUGAAAUGUGCCUUUUUUUUUCUUCUUUUUUUUUUUUAAUUUUCUGACGAGAUCUGGUGAGCUCCAAAGCUUCCCCCUGUUGCAGAGUGUGUUUCUCAGUUCAUUUACGUGGGUUUACUAUGUGAACAAAUGGUCUGCGUGUGGUCUGCGUACUACAGAUGGACUUAGUUUAAAAGCAUCAGUGUGACACUUGCAGGAUACCACAAUGUGGGGCAUUGUUUGUUUCUUCCAUAUUUGGAAGAUAAAUUAAGUGUAAUUUUGAAAUUUCUUUUGUAAAUCUAUACAGUCAACUGAAAUUAUUGAAAUGGGCUCGCAAUUACUUGUGUAUCCAAAUGCUUGAAGAAAGCAUUGCUGCUAUGAAAAAAAAAAAAAAAAAAAAAAAAGAUUUCUAUUUUUUAGAAAGGGUUUUUAUGGACCAAAAUGCCC